GUGACCUCACUCUUGUCUUCACGGACAGCUGCUCGCCCACCCAGGUGACGGUGCUUCCGGAGGCCCAUGUGCAGUACCCCGCAGACCUGGCGGCGAGCUCGGAGAUCCUGCAGUUUGCCCUGGACGCCAAGAAAGGCGGCGGAGUACCAGAUGUGGUGAAGGUCAGCUGCCACUUGCACGAGCUUACGAAGUUCGACAACGGCUCCACCACCUGGUUAUGCGACGACAAGUCCCCUCACUGCACCCGCAAUACCGAGGGGCCCCAGGUUCGAUGGAGCUGCCGCGCUUGUGGGUGGGACCAGUGCCGCGGCUGUGUGGAGCAUUACAGUGUGCAGAGGCCCAGCACCUCUCCCAACGCCUUGCUCAAGCGCCUGAACCACACGGGACCCGCGUACGAUGCCGGAGUUCGUGCUGAUUGGCAGCUGGAUAUUGA